AUGAUAACUCUUCUCCGAGACGACGAUGAGGAAAGUGACAUAGACGAAGCCAAAAUGCUACUUAUUGGCGCGAAUGGAAUCGACGGUGAGAGUGUCUCUCCUCUGCCUGACGGUGCACAGGAGCUUCAGCAGUACAAUAUCCGUUCGAUCGAGUCAACGGUCGUAAUCCGCCAGCUGACGUCACAGGGUCUCUCCUUCCAGCUCUGGCCGGCCGCCUCUACUUUCGUCAAGCUGCUGGAUGAUUAUCGCCGCGACCCUAGCAACAGCCCCCUCGCCACCACACUCUCGUCGCUGAAAUCGGACGGUCCUGAUUCAUCGUCCCCGAUAAACAUACUCGAGCUCGGAUCUGGAACUGGGAUCGUCGGAAUAGCUGCCGCCGUCACUCUGUCCGCUAACGUCACGGUGACGGAUCUCCCACACGUUCUCGAUAAUCUCAACUUCAACGCGGACGCAAACGCUCAAGUUGUGGGGAGAUUCGGCGGGAAAGUCCACGUCGCACCGCUGCGAUGGGGUGAAUCUGAUGACGUGGCGCUUCUAGGCGGGAACGUUGACCUGGUUAUAGCGUCUGACGUGGUGUACCACGACCACCUCUAUGAGCCUCUACUCGAAACGCUGCGUUUGAUGAUGACAGCGAUGCAUUUAGAAGGGAAAAGGUUGAUAUUCCUAAUGGCUCAUCUAAGGAGAUGGAAGAAAGAAUCUGUCUUCUUCAAGAAAGCUCGAAAGCUCUUCGAUGUUGACGUCAUACAUUCUGAUGUUCCUCCACAAGGUUCCAGAAUCGGCGUUUUGGUUUACCGUUUUGCCACCAAACAGCCAAAACAAAAUGGUCGGACUGUUUAA